AUGUCCAAUCCCUCCGACUACGACCCUAAUCGACAGGGACAGUAUCCACCUCAGUGGAACGGUCAGUCUGACGAUCACGCUGCCUAUCCGUAUCCGCCGGCCUCUUAUCCUCCUCCUCAAGAGCACGACCGCGCCUACUAUCCUCCUCCCAAUUCUCAAUACCCGCCGCCUCCUCCACCCAACAUGGCAGCUAUUCAUCAGGUCCAAGGGCAAGAUCCUUAUCAUCGUUUGCCGCCUCCUCCAGGUGCUUACCCGCCUCGUCCCGAUGUGUAUGCGCAAGCCGCGCCGGUGGUCUAUCAAGCAGCAGCUCCACGCCAGCGAACUGCCAUUGCCUGUCGUUACUGUCGCCGACGAAAGAUUCGUUGCUCUGGGUUUGAAAGCUCCUCCGAUGGGCGGUGUACCAACUGUGUGCGAUUUAAUCAGGAGUGCAUGUUCACCCCGGUCUCUUCCCAGGCGCAAGCCUUUGUUCCCGCUCAUGCCGCCUACCCUCAUCUGCGCAACCAAGGUGGGGCCCGCGGUGGUGCCGGCGUGACCCUUUACGGAGCCCAUGGACAACCGCUUCCACCACAACAGCAACCGCAAGGUCCCGAAACUACCUUGCCGCCGCCUCAAGGGAUGUACUCUCAACACCCGUACCCUGGGUCAUCCCUUGCGUCGAGCACGACGGAUCCGAGACAACCUCAACCGAACUCGGUUCCAGGCGCUAACGCGCAUUACGAUUAUCCCGAUCCUACCAAUCUGGCCCCUGUGUCCAGUUCCACUCCGGGAUACCAAACAUCCAGCCCAUACUACCCGCCACCUCACGAUCGUCGCACCUCGCCGCAAUCUGCUUACGCCUAUGAUACGCGCCAUUCUUCUUCGCCCCACAGCUCGCCAUAUCCGCCCCUGCAGCCGCCACAAGGUGGUCCCACUCCUCCACCAACCUCGACUCCCGGCGGCUCGGCUCGUUCUGGAGGAUUGAAUGUGCGCGAUAUGCUCAACCCGGGUGAUUCUCAUGGUCGAUCCAGUACCGAUAGCGACAUGCUCAAUGCGCUCAAUCGGCGCGGUCUCGGCCAAUAA